AUGAACUGCGGGAUAGUCCAAGAUCCUCAGAGCCUGGGUCGUGAAAGACUCACUCUGCUCUCUCAGAUCGAGCGAUUGCAAAACAGCUCCGACGAAACGACGGAUGUUUUGAACAUCUUGAUCACUGAAUACAACGAGAUCACAACUGCAUAUAAUCAAGUGCUCGAUGCGUCUCGUACUCGCUCGCCGGAUCAGCUGCCCACGGAACUCUGGAUCAAGAUUAUCAAAGAGGUUGCAGUCAGCCACUGGGAUUGGUCAUAUAAAAUCCUCCUUAUUUUGACUCUCGUCAGUAAAAAAUGGGCUGCUGUCAUUCUGGAGACCCCGUCGUUAUGGGUGUCUAUAGGGUGCCCUACGGAUGCGGAGGAUUUCGACGCAGUGAUUUCCGUUCAGCUCACGCUUUCGAAUCCGCUUCCUCUUUCCAUUCGGUCUAGGGACGCCAAGACGUUUGUCCAGCAAGCUGCUCCUCUGCUAUCGUCCCACGCCCAUCGAAUAGAAGACUUGGAUAUGGUGUCUUUAAACCUCCCUCUUGAGCACCCGCUCUUGAGCACCGAAAGUCUUACUUCUUUGCGUUCUGUUAGUCUUGAGGGCGGUGACCUCUUCACAAUAUCUCAGUUUUUUAGACGACAUCUGGGAAUAGAGUUACCAUUUGUCAUGAAAGAGGAUAGCGAGUUACUUGUGUGUGACGCGCACUGGGAAGCAAACAACGGGAAACUGACGCAUCUGUGGCUACCACUCUCCGAAACUACCCCUCAAAGAUUGAACUUUGUGGCCUCGGUCAAAAACGUUGAAAUUGAAGACACUGGCCACAGUAUUGACUAUACUAUUUGGGAGGAAGAGCUGCCGAGCAGUCGAUUGGGCUUCCAAAGUCUUAGCCUCGGAGGCGUACCCGAGAGGCUCCUACAACACAUAGUGGGUCGGUGUGAUACACGACUCACGUGUUUAUCGGUGGAAAUAAAAUUGUCCAAUCUGUACGGCUUUCUGGAAACGCUGAACGGCUUAUCUGGGCUGGAAGAUUUAUCGCUCAGAACAAUAGAAGAUCGGAUAGAUGAGGGGGGCUUUAAACAAUCACCUGCACCUCUUAAUCUCGUAAACUUUACUUGGGUGUGUGGCUUUAGUGGGCAGGGGCUUCUAGACAUUACCCCUUGCCUAUUAUGGUUGUUCCAAGCGGCACCAAACAUGCGGCGAGUAGUAAUAUUGGGAUCUGGAAAGCAGAGUGUUGAUCCAACCAUCUUUAAUAAUCUCAAGCAUAUUUUCUCCCUUUCUACCCAUGAAAUAAACUACGUACAAACCACUCUCGAGGAGAUUGCUAUACCGUCUCCGGACCUUCGGUAUAUGAACAUGUCGGGAGAUGCGGCCCUAUUUUGCAAGCUACGAAGUGGGUCAGUAACUUACUUGUGUAUCGAAUUUGAUGGGACGCUCGACGAUGCCGGCGAGGCGAGUGAAAUUCCCUUAUUGCUAGAUGACGAACAUUGGAGUUCUGUAACAGCUCUCGCGAUACCGGUCCAGUGGUCAACUCGGCUAGUCUUUGGGAGUAUUCGACUCUCAAAGCUACGGACUCUCAGUAUCGGGCACCAGUCUUUCGCAGCAGCCUUAUACCGCAACAUGGCUUUACGACCUGAAGAUCUGCCCUUACUCGAGAAGAUAAUUGUACCAGUCGUAGUAGAGUGGGACAUAUUCAUCAUUAUGCUAGAAAGGCGACUAAUGGCCCAGUCGAGAGGCGUUUCUACCUUGCAGAAGAUUGUAUUCCAAAGGGCUGUCUCGAGACCCAUACGGAAGAUUAUCAUCAUGAAUCUCCGAGGUCUUCUUGUGGGCCGUCCGUCUAACUAUGAUUUGUCCCUCUACGCGAACUGCGAUACUAUACUUGAUCCGUCCAUUCCAGGAUGCAUGUCAUGCCAUCUCCAACAGGUCUACUGCCCCCAGCCAAUAGUAACGACCGGAUCUUCUCUAUUUUCUGGUGCCUCUCAUUUAUUCACAAAAUACCCAGAAGAUGAAGCGGAACUCCUCGCCACAUGGGAGAGUCGAUUCAGGCAACUGUGGCCCAUUAUCCAGCAGAAUACGGGCCACCAAUUGACGCGCGCGGGAUCGUGCCCUAGAUCUUACCAAAUCGAGCUCACUCGUGACUCUAAUUUUAACUAG